UUGCUGUUCCCUCAAUUCACGCUCAGCCUCCGUCGAAGUCGGAUCUUUGAUUCGUGAAGUCUUAAAGUGAAAAUCUUUAUUCGUUAAAAACAAGAAAUAAUAAUAUCAAUCGUUAUUCUUAAAUUCUUCAAAAGAAUUUAUGAACUUACUUUAAAUCAUUUUAAUAUAAGUCAUUUGUGAAAAUUUAGUUCGUUAGUACAUAUAUCGUAUCGCAGAUUCGAUCCAAUAAAUCGAUUGUGAGAUUUCAAUCCAGCCAGAGACUGAGCCUGUUACGAUCGAUAAAAUAUAUAAUCAUAGCCGGGUCGUGGACCGUGGAAAUCGGAUUUUAAUCGUUUCAUUCGAAAAUAGAACGGAACUCUCGAUUCGGUGUUUGUGAUCGAUGUGCACCUGCAAGGAAUCGCAUCGGAUGCUGUAAGCGAUUGUUGGCUAAUAUCUCAACUUCGACGUAAAACGUAUCGAAAGGGAACGAUAAGCAGAGGAGAAGGAUGUUUUCUAUUCGAAGAUUAAUCGUUGCCGUAUUUGGAGUUUGCUUGCUCACUGCUCUUCUCGAGGUGAACGAAGCGAGACCACGUAUCAGGCAUCAGAAGGGCGGCAGUCAUUGCAGCAGAUGCGGUCCAGGAUGGGGUGUUGUGAACCGUUGCGUUCGUGGUCGUGAUACUGAAUGUGGAAAAUGUGCACCAGGCACCUACAGUCCUCACCACAGCAUUCAGCCUUGCUGGAUCUGCUCUAGAUGUGGUCCGGGUCUGUACGAGGCGCAUCCUUGCACUUCAAAAACGGACACCGUCUGCGACUCUUGUCACAGACCAGCUCCAGAUAAUCCUGAUUACCAGAGAAAAUGCAAAGGGCGAACAAAUUUGUUUCUGGCUCCGGAAGAUGCGUUAGAAACUGGAGAAGAGAGUAUCUUGGUAAAUGAUCCUGAUGGACAAGACCAGUUAGACGAUGGAAAGGAAUUGCUAGAGAAGGAUGCUGAAGCGGCCAUUCUUAAUGAAGAAUUGAAUUCUUUGGAAAGGUUCUAAAUGUAAAAUCUUUGAUCGCUGGGUUUAGUUACUGCCGUUAUAUAUUUUGCUUCCGUUUUAUUAUGGAGACAAUUUGUUGAAGAAUUUUUUGCGGAGAAUUAUUGUGUUCAACGUGAACAAAAUUGUUUAUCAUUUCUGUUAAAUAAGCUAAUAUUUCUUCCUGUUGAAGUUGUAUAAGAAGAAAGUUCUUUUUUGUCAUGGACGAUUUAAACUUGAUGACUAAUUUUCGUAUUAAUUAAGUUAUAAUUUAAUUACAACUACUUGUCAACUCUGGUGCUCAUUUUUUCAACUUUCUUAUUGUUUUUCUCUUGUAUAUGAUUAUUAAUAUAAUUCUUCGAAGUGGAGAUGAUCGGAUCUUGAACCGAUCUUCGAUUACUAGUCAGUUAGUUACUAAGUAGUUAAUAAAAUGUAAUAUACGAAAUUAAUAAGAAUUUUAUUUUCGUUUAAUUAUUAGAAUUUAUAGAACUUUAUGGUGUAUAUUAUUGUAAACACUGCGUUUCAUUGAAUAAUAUGUGUAUCGCACCUUUGAUGUCAAUAAUUAUUUAUAAUUAUAAUACUUCUAGUUUAUUAUGCUGUUAUAUAUUCAUUAAAUAACAUCGAUUUUAUAUUUUCUUUUCAAAAUGUUUUAAAGAUUCGGAUAGCUAAAUAUAUAUGAUAGCUAAAGAAACAAAAUCUAAAAAAAAUCUUUUUUUUUUUAAGAUCCAAAAAUGCAAAUUAUUAUUUAUGUAUUCAGCAACUUAAUUAAUUAAGGGAUAAUUAAGAGCAUCCUGAUUGUAGAUCCCUGAAUGAUAUAAUGUACACUUAGAAUUUAAGUAUAUUUAUAUACUCAAAGAUCUCUUUAAUAUUAUGCGAAUUUUUACUUUAAAAAAGAAAAAAAAAAGAGUCCUCCUUUUUUUUUUGUUAAGAAAUCUGGAGAACUCUUUUAUUUUUAAAAUAAAUUUGUAUAUCUGCGUAUUAAUAUAUUAUUAUACUGUUCAAAAGUUUGGAUUAAUUAAUUAAUAAUCAAUGUUACAUAACUUAAUUCGAGAAAACAAAAACAUUUUAUCUUAGAUUGCAAAUUUUUACAAGUUUCUAAUAGAAGUUUCUCUAAGAGAAUUCCAAACUUUUGCAGAAUAAUGUACAUAUGUUCAAAAAUUACCAAACAUUUUUCUGUAUGAUCUCGUUAGAAAGAUUUCUUAUUAUAUAAAAUGAGCGAAUUUUAAUGUGAAAUUAUGUGUAUACACGCCGCUAGAAAUUACUCAUAUAUACAAAGCGUGUAAAUACAUUUCUGUAAAUAUAAGAAUAAUAAUAAUAAUUAAGUUAAGAACAAUAAUGAUAUGAUUAAGUUGUUAUUAAAAUUUGUGAACAGAAAUCUCCCAUUAUAAUUGUAAUAUAAUCUUUCUUUUUUUGAGAUACAUUGUUCGAGAUAUAUUGAUUUUAUCUUCAAUACUUUUAUACGAAAAAUUGUUGUAAUUUCAUUAUCGAAAUAUUGCAGGGAAUAUAAAAACAUUGUUUUCCAUACAAUCAUUAAUGAAAUAAUUAUCUUAAUAAUUUCGAAUAGAAAUUUACCAAAAUACCAUUAUAUUUUCUAUAUCCGUUUUAUUUAUUUACGUCAAUGUUCAUUCCAUCGAUGGACGUGGCCGCAAGAAACACGUCUACUAUGACACAAUAAAAUACAGAUAUAAUAAUCUAUAUAAA